CCGAGUCCUUUGCUUCUCCUCCCAUCUGGUCCCGCUCCAAAGGACGGAGCAGAGCAGCUCGGCAGCCGCCAUGGACCGCGUGCAGCUCCUGCUCCUGGGCCUCCCCAUCCUCCUCUUCUGCUCCGACGUCGUCACGCUCUUCGCGCCGCAGCCGCCGGCGACGCCCAAACCCGACCGCCACCAACACCAGCCGGCCACCGGCGCCGUCCAGCCUGGCGAAUCCUCCCCCGACGCCGACGCCGACGCCGCUUCCGCGCAGGUGGCUGAGCUGCAGGUGGAUGGACCUGGCUUCGGCACCACCGUCGAGCUGAAGUUCUGCGCCUCCUGCUCCUACAGGGGGAAUGCGAUGACCAUGAAGAGCAUGCUGGAUACCUCAUUUCCUGGCAUUCACGUUGUCUUGGAAAAUUACCCUCCGCCCUUCCCAAAACGCGCACUCAGCAAAGUAGUACCUGUUAUCCAAGUUGGAGCAAUAGGAACAUUAAUGGCCGGUGAUCAGAUUUUCCCUAGAUUUGGCAUGGUGCCACCUCCAUGGUACUACUCGCUGCGUGCUAAUAGAUUUGGAACCAUGGCAUCCAUCUGGUUGUUUGGCAAUUUUGCACAGAGUCUUCUACAAAGUUCUGGCGCCUUCGAAGUUUACUGCAAUGGACAACUGGUCUUCUCAAAAUUAUCUGAGCAGAGGUUUCCUAGCGAGUUUGAGUUACGGGAGCUCAUUGGCAGCAGAUUAUCAGAUUCUCAAUUUGGGAAAAAUCUGGAGAAGGUCUGGUCCUAGACGAUCAUUUCAAGAGACCCCACACCCGUUUGUAUGUUAUCACAUAGACUGAACCAAUUGGAAGUUCCACGUUUUACUGGGAAUCACACAUCUUUGGCUUAGAUUCUUGG